GGGAGAAAACCAAGGCACCCGCGUGACGGUCAACCCGUCAGGCGUUUGGGUCGUCCCGUAUCAGAUUGCCAGAGGUGGAAGACCCCCGCCCCGGCUAUUGCUGGGCGUGCCGCUUCUUUGGAAUGGCGCCCUCUUUUUAGUGUUUUCGCCUGGCGGUCUUGGUCAUUUUAGUGGGCUCAAUCUUUUGCGCUUUGGUAGAUCUUGGUCGGAUUUCAUUCCAGGCCAACGGCUUCGCGAUCGUUGUGUGUGCUAUAAUUAUGGAAGGGCGACCGCCAUGGCGAACGCGUAGCACUAUAAAUGCGACAAACAUAAAAUAUCACAGCUUAGUUUUAUUUUGGUGACAUUAAUAGGAAAUCAAGCCGAUGUGGAAUCGGGAAUCCACUGUGAAUGUAUGAAAUAAGGGGGUCGUCAGAAUGUUGCUCGAAAAGAUUGACAAAAAAUUGGUCCGCCGCAGUCACACGUCAAGUAAGGUAGCGCAUGCCAGUUCAUCACACGGGCAAGAAACUCAUCCUCAAGCAAGAAGAUUAGAACAGCAGAAAAGGGCGCUGCGCUGUAAUUUGGUUAAAGUAUCCGGUUAUAAAAAUCCAUCAUGUCUUGUACAGAAAAAGACUUUCAAGGCAGCGCCAAAAUAUUAAAUCUAACCUGAGCACAAAAAAAAUGACAAAUCUUUCUCCAAGUACAAGAUUAGCAAACUUGUGUACGCUAUAGCAUUACCUACACCUAGUGAGGCUUGCUCCACCACAAAUUAAUAUUACAACCUAGUUUUUUGAUUGAAUGAGGCUGAUUCAAAUUAUUGAUAGGAGAAAUAACCUACCGUAGCGCGAAAAAUGAAAUUGAUAGAAAAUUUUUGUAAGGGCGCCGGAAGUUGCUACACGACCACAUGGAAAAGAUGGACGAGGACGAAUGUGAUUAGUAAAUGCUUCAAAGAGAAAGAAUUGGCGACUUUGAUCUUGUUCUUUCAAGA